AAAGGAGUUGGUUUCUACGGCCUUUAUUUGUUCCUUUUAAAAGGGUCGCAAUAUGGGAUCCGUUUAACGUAGUAGACUCAGAAAGGAAGAAAGCCUGAUUUUUCGCAUUUAAGACCAAAAGUUAAUCGGUAGCCCAACCAAAUCGGACCUCGUUUCUCGGACCCCCUCCAUCAUGCAAAGCCAUUAAACCAAACCUUUAAAAUCUCCGGCGUACGCCCUCCCCUUCCUCCGCCUUCCAUUAUGGCUUUCUCUGCUUCUCCCCACUGCGCACCUCCCUUACAUCGUUUCGCCCUUCGCCGCUCUCCGCCGCCACAGCCGCCGCUCGCUUUCAUGCGCUGCCCUUUCUUCUCCUCCUCCUCCUUUCGACCCGUUUACUUCUCCCCAGCUCCCACCCUGAGGAUCAUUGUCUCUGCCAAAUCCAAGAAACCUUCCUCCGGGAGAUCAGCCGAUUCGACGUCGGCCUCCGCCAUUGAUUUUCUCACAUUGUGUCACAGUCUCAAGACCACAAAAAGGAAGGGUUGGAUCAAUCACGGGAUAAAGGGUCCUGAAUCAAUUGCUGACCAUAUGUACCGCAUGGCGUUGAUGGCUUUGAUCGCUGGUGACCUUCCUGGUGUGAAUAGAGAAAGGUGUAUUAAGAUUGCAAUUGUCCAUGAUAUUGCAGAAGCUAUUGUUGGAGAUAUAACACCAUCAUGUGGUGUUCCUAAAGAAGAAAAAAGCAGACGUGAGCAAGCAGCGUUAACUGAAAUGUGCAAAAUUCUGGGUGGAGGAAUGAGAGCUGAGGAGAUCCAAGAACUGUGGGUAGAAUAUGAAAACAAUGCUUCUCUGGAGGCUAACCUUGUGAAAGAUUUUGACAAGGUUGAAUUGAUUCUGCAAGCACUGGAAUAUGAACUGGAACAUGGAAAGGUGCUGAAUGAAUUUUUCCUUUCAACAGAAGGAAAAUUUCAGACAGAGAUUGGAAAGAGUUGGGCCAGAGAGAUCAAUUCAAGGAGGAAUUCAAUAUUGGUAGAAAAGAGGAAGGGACCUAAAUAACAAAAUGAUUGAGUAUCAUCAAAUUUCAUUAUAAUCUAGUAUCAGUAGCUACAAAUUUUCUUAAUCCGGUUACGCACUUUAUUAACCAAGGCUGGUAACCUGGAGUUGGAAGCCAAAUGUGGUUGAUAAUGUGUGUGUUGUUUAACUUCAUCAGAAAAUUUUUGAUUUGUUGUAAGAAUGCAAAGUGAUUUUCAUUAGCAUGUCUGGAAAUAGAGGAAGCUAAUAGUCUGGUUACCUGUAAUGUAAGCUGCAAAAGUCAUUUUGAAAACUAUCCUAGUUUGAGAUAUUCUGUGAAAUGGACCAAAAGGUCAAUUUUAAUUAUAAAUAAUAAUCCAUUUGGAUAUCAUGUGUGUAUAUAUAA